GUUUUGUUUGAAUUCUGAGAAGUAGUUGGUUUCAGCAAAAGCAGAAACGGAAAAAUGGAAGAGAGCGAGAAAGUGAGAGAGUGGAUCAGGAAGGAAGUUCAAGAUUGGGAUGACGAAUUGGUUUGCAGAGCCCGAUUCAAAGCCUUCAGUGGCCAACGAUCCGAUUGGGAACCCAUUUACCUCUUCUGGAGAAACUUGAUUCUCACCAUCGCUCGGCAAUUAGGCCUCUUCAUCAUCCGACCCUCUCACCUAAAGACCCAUUGGUUCAAUCGAGGAGGACUCACUCCCUUAUGCCUCGACGACGUUUUGUUUGUGAUGUACAAUGAAGGUGAAAUUGUGCCCACUGUGGAUGUUGCGGACCCCACUUCGGGUCGUCUCUCCCAGAUUUUCAGAAGAGUCACCAGCUCCGUGCUUGGCCUUGCUUCAUCAACCCCAACUCCUCAGCUUCUUGUGUCCCAUGAGCGUCUCGUUCUUACCCCACUUCUCAAGGAUAAAGCUGUUCAAAUUGUGGAAGGUUUGUCGGAAUGCCAUUGGAAUUCUUGGUGCAUUGUCACCAUGAAGAGGUUCCGGGACUUGUGUGGAGGACCCUUUGAAGGUUCUGCAAUCUUGUCUCACUUGUCUGCGCAAGGCAAGGCGCGGUAUCUCUCACUUCCCAACAGGGGAGACUUAUUCGAGGGUGUGAAAGUUUCCAUUUCAGCAUCUUCUGUUCCUAGUGUUUCAAGUUUAGAUCGUGAUGUUUUGCACUUGAAUUGGACGAGAGAGAGACUUCAACAACAACUUGAUGUAAUUGACCGCCGCUGUGAAACGUUAAGAAAAUCAGCAUUAGCUUGUUUGCAUUCCGGAAACAAGAAAGUGGCUCUGCGGCAUGCAAGGGAGUUGAAGUUGGCGAAUGAGAGUAGAGAAAAAUGUGCAAACUUCUUGAACAGAGUGGUGGAAGUGCUUGAUUUUAUCGCAAAUGCUGAAUUGACAAAGAAGGUUUCUGAAGCCAUCCAAAUUGGAGCUAAAGCUAUAAAGGAAAAUAGGAUUAGUAUGGAAGAAGUCGAAGAUAGCCUACAAGAAAUUGAGGAGAGCAUUGAUACAUUAAAGCAAUUAGAAAAUGUUAUAGAAUCAACCCUGUACUCAGUUACGGAUGAUGAAGAAAAUAUCGAAGAGGAGUUCAAGAAACUAGAACUGGAUAUUGGACUUGAAAACCAUCACGAACCAAUCCAGGAAACCGAGAUUAAUAAUGCAGUAGAAACAGACAUUUCAGAAUCUGCUGAAGCGUUGAUAGAUUCUUUAUCAAAUCUCAAGCUCGUGGAUGGUGGUCAAGCAAGGAUACCAGCAGUUCACAGCACUGCCUCGACAGCAAGAAACAACAAAACAAAAGGUCCUGAGCUAGCAACUGCCUAACUAACAUAUUCUGGAUACCAGAAUCAAUUUAUAAUCAUAUUGCUAAUGUGGUCAAUAUAAUCAAUUCACAUUACUAGUUUCAUAGGGUUUGUACAUAUGUAAACACGUAGUCCAACCAUUUCCAAAAUUGUUGACAAAAUUAGUUUUGUUUAUUGAAAAUUGAGAAAUGAGAUUUAUUCACCUCUAGAUUAGUUAUUGAAUCGA